AUGAAUCGCUGGGAUGGACCGCAGUGGGGACAGGAGAACCCCUGGCCUCAGGAGAAUCGCAUGUUUGAGCCUUUCCAAGAUGCGCCUGAAGAGGAACCUCAAAUGAGGAUCACACAUCAUUUCGACAAGGACAGCCAAACCCCUCAACGAGUUGUGACCGAGCUGUUUGGAAACACAUCACCUGAAGUUAUUGGACACAUACUUGGACAGAAGAACGUGAGCUCACAUUUUCUACUCUCGUUUAGCUCUAAAAAUAGCAUCGGCUAUCCUAUCAAAACUAAGUGUAAUUCGAGAGUUGUAAGUAUUUUGGACAAGUGCCGUCCCUUAUACAUGCACAUGUUCGAAUCAAUUCGAGAUCAAACUACCAUCGGCCGACCUCUUAGUCAACCGUUACAUACAAUUCGAUUGUGA